AAAAAGUUCAAAUGACGUUUGGAACAUCAAAAACUCGCCGCAAAACACAUGUGCUGCGGAAGCUGUUUUGGAGCAGUUUGUGCUAGUGCCGUUGUAUGUUAACUGCAUUGCUGCAUAAUUGCAACGAUGGAAGUGGAUGAAAGUGAACCUCAAACAACCAAAACGGUGCAGGCCCGCUUCGUGUCGGAUUCGGGAGAAGAAGCAGGUCCACCGUUGGCACUGCCGGUCAACGUCACCAAGGAGCAGCUGGAACUGAUCUGCAAUGCGCUGCUGAAGAAUGAGAAGCCGACGCCGUACCUGUUUUUCGUAAACGAUGAAGAGAUCAAGCAAUCGAUCGAUCAAACCGUGGACCAGAAGCGACUGAACGCGGAAGAUGUGCUGGAUAUCGUAUACCAGCCGCAGGCCGUGUUUCGGGUACGGGCCGUAUCUCGCUGCACCAGCACUAUGCCCGGUCAUGCGGAAGCCGUCGUAUCGCUCGCCUUCAGCCCGAAUAGCAUACAUCUGGCGAGCGGGUCGGGUGACAAAACGCUGCGACUGUGGGAUCUAAACACCGAGACACCUCAUCACACGUGCACAGGCCACCGGCAGUGGGUGAUGUGUGUUGCAUGGGCACCGGAUUCCCUCAAGGUAGCGUCAGCGUGUAAGGCAGGCGAAAUUCGCAUCUGGUCGCCGGAUACGGGCAAACAGCUUGGUCGGCCGCUUGUUGGACACAAAAAGUGGAUCAGCUGCCUGUCCUGGGAACCUUAUCACCGAAAUGCCGAAUGUCGCUUUCUGGCGAGUGCAGGAAACGAUAACGAUGCACGGAUAUGGGAUAUAGUGCUGGGAACGUGCGUGAAGGUGAUCGCUGGUCACACGGCACCGGUUACGGCUGUACGCUGGGGUGGUUCGGGCCUGCUGUACACUUCAUCGCGCGACCGUACGAUCAAGAUGUGGCGUGCGGAAGACGGUGUGCUCUGCAAAACGUUCACGGGUCAUGCACAUUGGGUGAAUAAUUUGGCACUCAACACAGAUUAUGUGUUGCGCACCGGGCCCUUCCAUCCCGUAAUGGAUAAGAGCUUGAUGUACGGCGAUGGCAGCAACAAGGACGCACUCAAACAGAUGGCCCUAGAGCGGUAUGAGAAGGUGUGUCCGGACGGUGUGGAAUCGUUCGUAUCGUGUUCGGACGAUUUUACGCUGUACCUGUGGCGUGCGAAUCAGAAACAGUUUGUCACCCGGAUGACGGGCCAUCAGAACGUAGUGAACGAUGUUAAGUAUUCACCGGACGUGAAAUUUAUUGCGUCCGCAUCGUUUGACAAAUCGAUCCGGUUGUGGCGGGCUACCGAUGGUGCGUUCAUUUGUGCUCUGCGCGGACACGUGCAGGCAGUUUAUACGGUCGGAUGGUCAGCUGAUUCGCGAUUGGUGCUGAGCGGCAGCAAAGAUUCCACGCUGAAGGUAUGGAGUGUGAAGGAGCGAAAGCUGGUGCAGGAACUGCCAGGCCAUGCGGACGAAGUGUACGGCGUGGAUUGGGCUCCGGACGGUUCGCGUGUCGCCUCAGGUGGCAAGGAUAAAGUGUUGAAGCUCUGGGCAUAUUAAUUCGAAUCUACAUUCUGCUGUCCCGCGGUGAAAUUUAUACAAGAUCAAAAUGAAACAUUUUAUUCCCACAUUUAAA